CUGGAGCUCGAGCUAGCAGCGUUCCAUCCCCAGUGGAGACGCGCGCGAGCGCGCACCAACCGCAACGCCCUCCCCCACCACCGGAGCCUCGAGAGGCGACGGAACUCAAUCUCCCGCCGGCCGGUCGGUCUCGUCGCGCGCACCAUCCGAAAGCCACCGGGCAACCAGACGCGCUGACUUCCCCCGCCGCGCGAUCGCGAAUCGUGUCCUGCGAGUAGUACAACUCGCGCGCACCCGUGGCCAGCAUCACCUCCCGAUUCCUCUCCUCCCACGUGAUCGAUCGAGUCCUGCUGCCUUGGCUUGGCCGCCGCGCGCUCCGAUCGGCCGGAUCCCCGGCGACCGUACCGUUUCUUGAUGUGGACGGAGCGCCGGAGGCGGCGGCGGCGGGAGCUGCUGCUUCUGCUUCUAGUGGUGGCGGCGGCCGUGGCGGUGGCGGCGAGCGCGCAGGAGGCCGCGCUGCGGGUCGGGUUCUACCGUGCGACGUGCCCCAUCGCGGAGGACGUCGUGCUUGAGGAGAUGCGGCUCAUCCUCAUGGAGGACGACACGCUCGCGCCGUCCCUGCUCCGGAUGCACUACCAUGACUGCUUCGUUCAGGGCUGCGACGCAUCGAUCAUGCUCCGGUCGAGGAAGGGGAAGAAGACGGAGCGGGACGCGCUCCCCAACCGCAGCAUGCGAGGGUACGACGCCAUCGAGCGGAUCAAGGCCCGGCUCGAGGCCGUCUGCCCGCUCACCGUCUCCUGCGCCGACAUCAUCGCCAUGGCCGCCAGGGACGCCGUCUACCUGAGCCACGGGCCGUGGUACGACGUGGAGACCGGGCGGCGCGACGGCAAAGUCACCGUGGCCGAGUACGUCGAGAACGACCUGCCGCCGCCGGACUCCAACAUCGUCGACGUGAAGACCUUCUUCAGCGUCAAGUCGCUCAACUCCAAGGACAUCGCCGUCCUCUUCGGGUGCCACAGCAUCGGGACCUCCCACUGCGGCCCGAUCCAGAAGCGGCUCUACAACUUCACCGGCAACAUGGACCAGGACCCGUCGCUGGACCCGGCCUACGCCGCCGAGCUCAGGAAGCUCUGCCCGCCGCCCCGUCCCGGCGGCGGCGACGACGACGCCGGCGGAGGCGGGGUCCCCGGCGAAGGGAAGACCAAGGUGCCCCUGGACCCCGGCAGCAACUACACCUUCGACCUGAGCUACUACCGGCACGUGCUCGCCACGGGCGGGCUGUUCCAGUCGGACGGCAGCCUCCUCCACGACCCCGUCACCAGGGGGUACGUCGAGAAGGUGGCCAACGCGUCGUCGCCCGACGAGUACUACGCCGACUUCGCGGCGGCGAUGGUCAAGAUGGGCCGCACCGACGUGCUCGUCGGCGACCUCGGCGAGAUCAGGCCGACCUGCAGCAUUUUUGUUGACUAGAGGGGUUCAGGAGCACGCAGCUAAUGUGUAAGGUUUUCUGUCAGUAUCUGCUACGCUGUUAGCUCCACUCGUAAUCCGGGAAUUCUCUUCUGUUCACACGGCCAGUCCCGUCAUGGACUCACUGAUGAAUUGUCAACCAUGAGCUCUCCCAUCUAUCGAUAUAUAUACUAGUAGUAGGUAUAGAAAUUAUAUACUCUUCGGAGCGUUGAGGGUAUGACCAAGUAUGGACAUACAGAUCGGUCUGGUCAACCACAAUUUGGUCACCAAAUCUUGCCAGACCACGAGAUUUUGGUAAUGCCAAAGAUUCCGUCAGCGUCCACGCAAGCUUAAUAUAUAACCUGUCCAAAUGAAUAA